AUGGAAUCGAAAGCAUCACAAGUGGAGCCCAAACAACAGGACCAAGUCAUCUCCAACGACAGUCAAGAUGACACCGCCGAUGAUCUCAUCCUCAGGGCAAACGGGCACAAGUCCCAGAUGCGCCGUCAGUUCAACUGGCUCUCGGCAUUGGGGCUCGGCUUCUCCAUCACGAACUCGUGGGUGGGGUACUUGAGCAACUUCGGCCAGGUCAUGGCGUAUGGAGGGCCGCAACUUGUGAUUGCUGGUCUUGUACUUGCGUUCCUGGUGCAGUCGACUAUCACAGUCGGUCUUGCGGAGAUCGGGUCCGCAUUUCCAUCUUCCGGAGGCCAGUAUCACUUCUGCUUCCUGCUGGCUCCGCAGAAAACGAAGCGGUUUUCUGGAUAUGUCAUCGGGUGGAUGUCGGUUAUUGCCUGGUGGGUUACUACAUCUUCUGGAAUAUCUCUCGCUGCAACAACUCUGGCCGGUAUCAUCCAUUUCGCAUACCCAACCUUCACGGCAACGCAGGGGCAGAUUUAUCUCUUCUUUGCGGCAACGUCUGUUAUAACGAUUAUCCCCAUCUUCGUAGCCUCCAAAAAGGUCGCCUUCAUGUGCCAAAUCACCCUGCUUCUCUCCGUGAUCGGGGUGAUAUUGGUGCUCUUUUCAUCAGUCGGUAUGCACCAGCAUGUCCAGCCAGCUUCGUUCCUUGCCAGUCCAGCAGCCGGCGACACCGGCUGGGGUCCAGGGGUUUCCUGGAUGCUGGGUAUCUGUAACGGGAUGUAUGCGUUUGGAGGCACAGAUGCAGCCCUUCAUAUCAGCGAGGAAAUGCAACAGCCUGGACGCCGCGUGCCGCAGAUUAUCAUUGCCACCCUUUUCAUCGGCCUGCUUACGACGCUGCCGCUGUUUAUUGCACUGCUUUUGUUCUCUAGAGAUACCAAUGCUAUUAUUGAUUCGCCGUUGCCCAGCUUGGAGCUUAUUUAUCAGGCUUCCGGCAGCAGAGCUGCUACAAUCUUCCUGACGACGUGGAUACUUGUUGUCUACAUCUCAUGCAUCCCCUCUCAAUGGGUAACCAGCGGCCGUAUCGCAUGGGCCUUUGCACGAGACAAUGGCGUGCCCUUCUCCCCCUACUUCAGCCACGUUAGCACGGUCCUCCAAUUCCCCGUCCGCACCACCAUCGCCGCGUUUAUAUUCGUCCUGCUCUACGGCCUCCUCUACCUCGCCUCCACAACCGCCUUCAACAGCAUCAUCACCUCGGCCGUGCUGUUCUUGAAUAUCACCUAUGUCACUCCGCAGGGCAUCCUUCUCGUUAGACGGUUCAGAAGUACCAAUACCUCUGUCUCCACCAAUACAACAGCAACAACAACAGCAACAACCCUCCCCCAGCGGUACCUAAACCUCGGCCCCCUCAUGGGCCCAUUCUGCAACCUCUUCUCCGUCCUCUGGAUUGUCAUUCUCGGUGUAUUCGUGUGUUUCCCGCCCGCGAUCCCCGUGAGCGUGGAAGACGUCAAUUACACGGCUGCGGUGGUGGUGGGGGUUUUCGCCAUUAUUCUGCUGUUCUGGGGCGUCAGUGGGCGCAAGAUGUUUAAGGGGCCGCGGGUUGAUUGGGAGGGGUUGGCGAGGCAGGCGAUAUGAUAACUGUGGGCUGGUGGAUAGAUGGAUAUUGCGAUUACUUCCGAAUUGGUGCUGGGCGAUAAUGAGGUGGUGUGGUAUCCUACUUCAAUUGCAGUAGUAAUUAUAGAAGUGAAAAUGGGGGGAGGACUAGGACUGGUAGACACCUGAUAAUGCAAUUGUAGGAAUUACACUGCAGUGACUUGAAUGGAGAUUCCCUUUCAUUCAUUGCAAAGGCCCCGUCAUACCUAUAUCUUUUCGCAGACGUCAGGUGGGUGUUCUAUUGUUUGGAGUCUUUGGCUGUGAAGUUGUGGCGUGGCCCAUAAGAGGUAUUGGAGGGAGGAAUUAAUAGCAG